CAGCCUGUGUUGUAAGAGCGCGGUCGGUAUAAAGCGGAAAACCCCGCCGUUCUCUUCACAUCCGAGCGCUCCUACCGCUGCGCGCGCCAGCUAUCCAACAAUCAGGACCUGAACCUGCUCUCAGCUAUGACCCCGCUGCUCCCUCUACCUGGAUUAACUCCCAACUAACCGCUGUCUUGUUUGUCGCCCCCACCCUCCUCUUACUCCAUUUGCACCCGCAGCAGCAGCAGCGGCAGCAGCAGCAGCAGCAGCAGCAUCCUCUCCGGCUCCUCCGUCCUGCCCCCCAGACUCAAACUCUCAGCUGUGUUCUGCGGUCAUGGGGUGCGUUGUGUUCAUGUUUUCUGGGCUGCUGAGGGGCUUGACCGCGUUGUGAGCCGGAUACCAGGUGGAUUUAUGGUCCGCAAAGCCGCGAAUACCAGCCGAGGGAAAUUAGUGGAACUUUGAGCUCCGGGAGGAUGCAGGUGACGUGUUGGUGCGCCGUGUUCCUCCUGACGCCUGCACUUUACCUGGUUACAAGUGCUCGCGCCUCAAAGUCAGACAUUGUCAAGUCGGGAAGUCCCAAAUCAACGCUAAAGCAUAUAUGGACAGAAAGCAGUAAGGAUAUGUCCAUCAGUAGGCUGCUGUCACAGACUCUACAGGGCAAAGAGAACAGCACAGCCUUGGACCUUCGCUAUGACACUCCUGAGCCCUACUCUGAGCAGGACCUGUGGGACUGGCUGAGGAACUCCACAGACUUGCAGGACUCGCGGCCGCGGGCUAAACGGCGGCCAAUGGUCAAGACGGGAAAGUUCAAGAAGAUGUUUGGCUGGGGGGACUUCCACUCGAAUAUCAAGACGGUGAAACUCAACCUGCUGAUCACCGGGAAGAUCGUGGAUCACGGCAACGGCACCUUCAGUGUCUACUUCCGCCACAACUCCACAGGCCAAGGCAACGUGUCCGUCAGCUUGGUCCCUCCAACCAAGGUAGUCGAGUUUGAUGUGGCGGCGCAGCAGUCCGUCAUUGACGCCAAGGACUCAAAGUCCUUUAACUGCCGCAUCGAGUAUGAGAAGGUCGAGAAAGGCGCCAAGAACACGCUCUGCAACUUCGACCCAUCCAAGAACUGCUACCAGGAGCAGACUCAGAGUCACGUCUCCUGGCUCUGCUCCAAACCGUUCAAAGUCAUCUGCAUCUUCAUCUCCUUCUACAGCACCGACUACAAACUGGUGCAGAAAGUGUGCCCGGACUACAACUACCACAGUGACACUCCCUACUUCCCCUCCGGUUGACGUUGCUGUACACUUACAUACAGGAAUGUCGAAUGAGUCGAGCACAGACUGGGGCUUCUACCCACACCAGAGAAAUGUGUUUGUUAGCCGUACUAUCCCUAAACAUGUCCAUACCGCAGUGUUGAACAAUUUCCCACUUUAAUGUUCUGAUUUUUGCGGAGAUGGUGUUUACUUUUAACUGUCGAGGUGGUUUAUAGGACUGUAAUGUUUUUAAAUCGUUUGUGAUUAUUAUCAGUUAGAAAUGUUUUUGUUCAUUCUGUUUUGUCUCUGUUGAACCAUGCCUAGAUAGCAGGGGCUUAUUAGUACUUCUGGGACCAUUAUUUUAUUCAACUUGACCCUUUCUUUGUUGUUUCCUUCAUGUUUAGUUCGAACUUCAUUUCCAACUGGAUGUUGAAGACUUUGUUCUCCUCUUUAAGCGCUGAUGUGUUAUCUCUCUGGACAACAACACAUGGACUGUUUGCCCCUGCUGUGCUAUUAACGCUCUGCAGUUUAUCCUGCAUAACUGGAAAACAAAAUCAACUCCUCAUUUAAAAAAUGUUUAAAAAAAAAAUAAUUAAAUCCUCAGAUAUUUCUACCAAACCUGCAAGGCAGCUGAAUAGGACAGUGAAGAUCUGAAUGUGGUGCACUCAGUAAUCCGUGGUCGUCGUACCUGUUCAUGGAGAGGAAAGAACGCACUGUCGAUCUUCAGCUGUUGUCAGAGUGAACCUGCUAGUCCAGCUAGUUGUUGAGUUUGUCAGGUGAUUGGUUCGUUCUCGGCUGAUUGAAUGUCUGAUCACCUGACUGCGGAGUGGGUGGUUCGUUGGGGGAUGGGGCUUGCUCAUUGUCACUUAAUAUAUCAAAUGUAAUGUAUUGAAUUCUAUAUCUUAGAGCCUAAUUUGUAUGAAUGGUUUGUAUUGUAAAUAGUUUACCCCAAUUGCGCUGCUUCUGUACAUGCCACCCCAUGAGCUGUGUGUUUCCCUCUCGUUCACUCCAUUUAUGCUCGUUCUUGGUUCCCCAAACAAAGAAAAUGAUGUUGCUGCCCUAGAUGUGAAUUUCAUGAAAACAGCAAUCCUGUACAGAAGCUGUAAAACUGACUCAAUAUAUUAAAGUAUUCAUUGGAAGUUUCUUUAUUGGGGGGUUGGGGUGGGGUUGGGGUUGGAG